AUGGCAAACCAUAAGCGCAGUCUAUCGACAAAACUUGGCUUAUUACUAGGCUUUUUGGGAAUGACCGGACUUGUUUUGACAAUACUAUCGUUACUGCCACUAAAUGUUUACAGCAUAUAUUCAAGCAUAAAUGCCUUAAUAGACCUAGUCAAGUUUGAACAUGACAGAACAGAGAAAUGGAGCUUUUCAACUUUCUCGGUUAAUGCUAAGCUAUACUCUAUUUUCUUAGUUGGAGUUAUACUCUCUGCCACUCUAGUCAUUCUAUUCACACUCAUUGCUUGCGUUUCUCGAAAAAGAUCAAACUAUAAUUAUAACCAGGAACAGAUCUCAAUUGAAGCAAAUAACUAUAAACAAUACCAACAGCAAUAUAAACAUAAUGGCAGCUCUUGGUUCAUCCGUAUAUCAGGCUUUACAAUAAUAUUACAGCUUUCAUUUGGCCUAUUUGGCACACACUUGAAAUAUGUUGUGAAAAGCGAUACCAGCGUUAUACCUUUACAAGUUCAAUACAAUACAUUCAUAUGUUUAGCGAUAAUAUGGAUAAAUUACCUUUCACUGACAAUAUUUCUAUUUGUUUUAUUUUUGGCCUCCUGCUUUAUCUUGAUGGGCGCAAAGAAGGAGCAACAAGAGCAACAACAGCAUCAACAACAACAACAGAACCUAGAAAGGCAGCCUUUGUUGCUCUAA